UUGGCUCAAGUUUCAGCUUGGAAGACAUAUAAUGAACUUGGUUUUAGUUUAUGCAUACCAAUUAGUACUCUCAUGUUACACUCACAGGUUUCCUUCAAGAUCCUGCAACGGUUUCCAUUACAAUCAUUAUUCAAACAUGGGUCGAAGUUUUUACACUCACUCAAACAUGAACACCAGGUGUUCGAUCAUAUUCCUCUCCCAAAAGUUGCAUCGAUUAAGCGUUCCAUGCUUACCCUUUUGCACAACAACCUUCCCUUUCAUGCCCUAUUUGUAUUCAAGACCCAGUUCCAGCUGUGUUCGCUCGACUGUGUUGAUGAGGUCGGUGUUGCCUUGGCUCUCAAGGCUUGUCAAGGAGAGCUGAAACUUGGGUGCCAACUCCAUGGUUUUGCAGUGUCCAGCGGGUUCAUUUCGUUGGUCACCGUGUCAAAUUCGCUGAUGAAGAUGUACUGCAAGUCAGGGAAUUUUCGGAAGGCCUUGCGUGUGUUUGAGAAUUUGAGUUGCCCUGACAUUGUUUCUUGGAACACUGUGCUUUCAGGGUUCGAGGAAAACAUGGAUGCUUUGAGUUUUGCUUGUUCUAUGCAUUCAAAUGGGAUCGUGUUUGAUCCUGUGACAUACACCACUGCUCUUGCCUUUUGUUGGGGUGAUCAUGGGUUUUGUUUUGGGAGCCAAUUGCAUUCUCUUGUUGCAAAAUUUGGAUUCAAUUGUGAAGUUUUCGUAGGGAAUGCUCUGAUAACCAUGUAUUCAAGGUCAGGGAGUUUAGCUGAGGCUAGGAGGGUGUUUGAUGAGAUGCCCCGGAAGGAUUUGGUUUCAUGGAGUGCAAUGCUUUCGGGUUAUGCUCAAGAGGGGGAAUGUUAUGGGCUGGAAGCAGUUUCACUGUUUGUUAGCAUGGUUAGGCAAGGGAUGUCCCUUGACCAUGUCUCGUUUACAGGUGCAGUUUCAGCUUGUGGUUAUAUGAAAAACUUAGAGCUAGGGAGGCAGAUACAUGGUUUGACACUUAAAGUGGGGUAUGGAACACAUGUUUCGGUUUGCAAUGUGUUGAUCUCGACUUAUUUGAAGUGUGAGGUCGGCAGAGAUGCAAAACUGGUUUUUCAGCUGAUGAAUAAUCGGAAUGUAGUCUCUUGGACGACAAUGAUUUCAAUUGAAGAAGAAGAUGCAGUGUCUCUUUUCAAUGAGAUGAGAAAAGACGGUGUAUAUCCAAAUGAUAUUACAUUUAUAGGACUAUUACAUUCUAUUACACUCAAUAAUCUGGUGGUGGAAGGUGAAAUGAUUCAUGGAUUAUGCAUCAAAAGCAGCUUCUUGUCGGAACCAAAUGUCUCCAAUAGCCUUAUUACCAUGUAUGCCAAGUUUGAAUCUGUUCAAGAAUCGAAGAAAAUUUUUGAGGAGGUUAACCAUAGAGAGAUAAUAGCAUGGAAUUCAUUAAUUUCAGGGUAUGCUCAGAAUAGCUUAUUCAAAGAUGCUUUCCUUACAUUUUUGGCUGCAGUGAAUGAGGUAAAACCAAACCAAUACACUUUUGGCAGUGUCUUAAAUGCUAUUGCUGCUGCUGAGGAUAUAUCUUUGAAACAUGGGCAACGAUGCCAUUCGGAAUUGAUCAAACGUGGGUUAGACACUGAUCCGAUUGUUUCAGGUUCUCUGCUUGACAUGUAUGGCAAGCGUGGGAGCAUAGCCGAGUCUCAAAGAGUAUUUGACGAGACACCUAGAAAAAGUGAGUUUGCUUGGACUGCAAUAGUAUCAGCCUAUGCUCGACAUGGGGACUAUGAGUCAGUGAUGAGUUUGUUUAAGGAGAUGGAGAGUGAAGGAACCACUCCUGACUCCAUCACUUUCCUUUCCGUUUUAGCUGCAUGUUGUAGAAAAGGCAUGGUUGAUGUAGGCCAUAGAGUCUUUGACUCCAUGGUGAAAGAACAUUCAAUUGAACCAACUCCAGAACAUUAUUCUAUCAUGGUGGACAUGUUAGGUCGCGCAGGACUGCUAAAUGAGGCAGCAGAGUUGAUGCACCAGAUUCCAGGAGGACCUAGAUUGUCAGUGUUGCAAAGCUUGCUUGGUUCUUGUAGAAUACAUGGGAAUAUAGAGAUGGCUGAGAGGGUUAUUGAUAGGUUGGUUGAAAUGGAUCCUGCGAGUUCAGGUUCAUAUGUAUUAAUGGCGAACUUAUACGCUGAGAAAGGGAAAUGGGAGAAAGUAGCUGAAGUGAGGAAACUUAUGAGACAGAGGGGAGUGAAGAAGGAAGUUGGGUUUAGUUGGGUGGACGUUGGUGGUAUUAAUUCCUUGUAUUUGCAUGGUUUCUCUUCCGGGGAUAAGUCGCACCCGGAAUCUGAGGAUAUUUGUAACAUGGCAGAGUUUAUUGGAUUGCAAAUGAAAGUUUUGAAAGGGAGCAAAGCAAGGGAAGGAGACUGGCAUCAGGAAUAGCAUUUGUGAUGUAUUUUGCAAUUGAUAUUUAACCUAAUCAUGUUCACUCUAAAGAAUUCGAAUCUUGUAUUUUUCUCUUUUACCUUAACAUAAAUAGGGAUUAGACAGCAAUUCUAUACAUACUGACU